AUGGGGGCGAAAUCUGCACUGUCAACAGUGAGCCGGUCCUCCUCAACCGAGGGGGUCUCCCAAUUAGUCGGCCGGCUGGGCUCAGAAGGCGUCAUCUCUCUCCAGGCUGAUACUUCCUACUCCCGUCACGGCCCUUCUAAUCCACAGCGGUCGUUAAAAGUAGCUUUGGAAGCUGCAGGUCGCUCGGGAAGCUCUACGUACACGACAUCUGGCAGUUCGGAGGAAGAUUACGAUGCGUUGAAACACGAGCCCACGGCUGUCAUUUUCGGAGGCAAAGGUGGGGGAUUUGACGAAAGCAAGAAAACGUCAGAAGAGUCCAAUGUUUUCGUUGCUGGGAACCGCACCUAUGAGGAGAUUAUGGCGGCGCCGAAGGCGAGACCGGCGCCGCGGAGGCUGAAGAGCAUUCCGGUUACGCUCAACAAGAUGAAGGAGAAGGGAAUGUAUAUUCUGACCGCUGAUGACGAUACGUUGAGAGAGAUCCUGAGGUCCGGGAUUGAGAGGGAGAGCAAUCCCGAGAAGAAGAGGCGGAAGAAGUUUAGCGAUCUGGUGUUUACGCGCCAAUUUACGGCUUUCGAUCGCCAGAAUGGUGCGGAAUCGCCUUUCCGUGGGUUCUUCACUCUGUUCUGGCUGGGAACAGCUGUCUACUGUAUCAGACUAGCUGCUGAGAACUGGGCCAAGUAUGGAAAUAUUCUUGGGUCAAACGAGAUCGCUGGGCUCAUGUUCCACCGAGAUGUUAUGGUCCUUGGUAUCUCGGAUGGAGUGAUGUGCGGAGCAACUGGCUUUGGGUUGAUCCUGCAGAAACUUAUCAGAAACGGAGUUAUUAGUUGGAACAAAGAAGGAUGGAUCAUUCAAAGUGCAUGGGAAGCAUUCUACAUUAUGGCCGUCCUUGGGUGGACUCUGUUCAGAGAAUGGCCAUGGACUCACACAGUGUUCUUCAUGCUCCAUGGUUUAGUCAUGCUGAUGAAGCAGCAUUCCUACGCAUUCUAUAAUGGUCAUCUAUCCGAGAGUUACAGGUCUCGAGAGACCCUACAGCGCAAGCUGAAGCAGCUAGACAACACAGAGCCCGCAAAAACACCUUCAGCCACCACACCGACAGUUUCUUCCUUGUCCACCUCCUACCUGGAUCACCGACCAACAGCGUCUGACCUAAACCAGCGUCGGCAGUAUCGAAGGGGUUCACUGGAUAGUGGAGAAGCUAAUAUCAAGGGAGUCGCCGCAGCUAUCAAUUCUGGGGAGCCUCUUGAUGUGGACCAAAUACACACUUUCGAACGGAUCAUCAGGUGGGAGAUUGAUGCAUUAUCGGAAGAUUUGAAAGGUAAAUCGACGAGUGGCAGUAACUCGUACCCUAGGAAUCUGACCCUGGCGAACCACUACGAGUACAUCGUGCUUCCGACACUUGUCUAUGAGCUUGAGUAUCCCAGGUCCGACAAGAUCGACUGGUAUUAUGUUGCGGAGAAGACUGUCGCUGUCUUUGGCAUCCUGAUGAUUAUGAACCUUGUUAGCCAAUCCUUCAUCUACCCAGUUGUCGUCAGGACAAUCGAAAUGAAAGAUGCCGGCAUGCCUCUCAUAGAGCGCCUCAAAGUCUUCCCCUGGAUAAUCAGCGACCUCCUCUUCCCGUUCUUGACCGAAUACAUGCUUACCUGGUACGUCAUCUGGGAACUAAUCCUCAACCUCCUGGCCGAAGUCACCUACUUCGCCGACCGCGGCUUCUACGGGGAUUGGUGGAACAGUGUCUCGUGGGAUCAAUUCGCCAGAGACUGGAAUCGCCCGGUCCACAAUUUCCUCCUCCGCCACGUCUACCACUCCUCCAUCUCCUCCAUGCAAGUCAAUAAGAAGACCGCAACGCUCAUCACAUUCUUCCUCAGCGCAUGCGUCCACGAGCUCGUAAUGUGGUGCCUCUUUAAGAAACUCCGCGGCUAUCUUCUCAUCAUGCAGAUGAUGCAGCUGCCCCUCGUUGCUCUGAGCCGGACCCGGUGGCUGAAGGGCCGGGCGACGCUCGGGAACCUCAGCUUCUGGAUCGGUAUCUUCACCGGGCCCAGCUUACUGUGUAGCUUGUACUUGAUCAUUUGA